UUGCUCAUUAACUGUAUUCAAGGUUGGGAAGCAUGCACUGAUCGGAAGGGUAGAACGUUCUACAUUGAUCACACCACUAAAAGGACAACUUGGCAACGGCCGUCACUUGAAAGCAAGGAAGUCGAACACCUGAAAAGGUAUUCGAUGGCACGACGAACAGUUGGCAUCACCCCGCCGGCUACACCCUCAUAUGGCCCUGCUCAUUUUCUGCAACGUUCAGAUUUCGUGAGCAUAUUACAUGAGAAUGAGACCGCCCUUGCCGCCUAUAACGCCUCACCGAUCGUCAAACACAUUGUGCAUCGAAUACGAAAAUGUGGUGAACCGACGGAAAAGUAUGAGAAUAACAAGUAA